AAAUAGCAGCAGUACAACUUACCCAAUUAGGAGAAUGCUUUUUUAAUGUGUAACCUUUCUCCAAAAAUUCAGGCCAUAUUUGGUGGAUAAAGAACCUUUAUUAAAGGACGAAGGGCAGAUGUCAGCUGCAGGGCUCAUCACUUCACUUGAUUGAAGGUUUAGAGUCAAAGCAAGUCCUGACAGAUCCUGCUCUUCUUUUUGGAAUCCAACCCACCCUAGGUUGAAAAAUGGGGGAUGCUGCCAUGAAAGAGUUUGGGGCGGCGGCUCCUUACCUGAGAAAGUCAGAUAAGGAGCGUCUGGAGGCCCAGACUCGCCCAUUUGAUAUGAAGAAAGAGUGCUUCGUUCCUGACCCUGCAAUUGAGUACGUUAAAGCAACCAUCACUAGCCGCGAUGGCGACAAAGUCACUGCUGACACUGAAUUUGGAAAGACCGUCACAGUGAAGGAUUGCGAUGUGCACCCUCAGAACCCGCCAAAGUUCGAUAAAAUUGAAGACAUGGCGAUGUUCACCUUCCUCGGGAAAUUCAUCCGUAUUCACUUUGACAACCGAGGAAAGCUGGCCUCUGCUGACAUUGAAACUUACCUUCUAGAAAAGUCUCGUGUGACCUUCCAGCUCAAAGCUGAGAGGGACUACCACAUUUUCUACCAGAUCCUGUCUCAGAUAAAGCCUGAACUUCUGGAAAUGCUGCUCAUCACCAACAACCCUUAUGACUACGCCUUCAUCUCCCAAGGAGAGACAACAGUAGCCUCUAUCAAUGAUUCUGAAGAGCUGAUGGCCACUGAUCAAGCCUUUGAUGUUCUGGGCUUCACUCAAGAAGAGAAGAACAGUAUUUACAAGCUUACUGGUGCAAUCAUGCACUAUGGCAACAUGAAGUUUAAACAGAAGCAGAGAGAAGAGCAGGCAGAGGCCGAUGGUACUGAAGAUGCUGACAAAGCAGCUUAUCUGAUGGGCCUGAACUCUGCUGACCUCAUCAAAGGUCUCUGUCACCCAAGAGUCAAAGUAGGAAACGAGUGGGUCACCAAGGGACAAAAUGUGGCCCAGGUGAACUAUGCUAUCGGUGCGCUGUCAAAGGCAGUGUAUGAGAAGAUGUUUCUGUGGAUGGUGGUGAGAAUCAACCAGUCCCUGGACACCAAACAGCCUCGCCAGUAUUUUAUUGGGGUGCUUGACAUUGCUGGAUUUGAGAUCUUUGAUUUCAACACCUUUGAGCAGCUGUGCAUCAACUUCACCAACGAAAAACUGCAACAAUUUUUCAACCACCACAUGUUUGUACUGGAGCAGGAAGAGUACAAGAAAGAGGGCAUCGAUUGGGAGUUCAUUGAUUUUGGUAUGGAUCUGCAGGCCUGUAUCGACCUGAUUGAAAAGCCCAUGGGUAUCAUGUCCAUCCUUGAAGAGGAGUGCAUGUUCCCCAAAGCCAGUGAUGCCACCUUUAAAGCUAAGCUCUACGACAACCACCUGGGAAAAUCUGGCAACUUCCAGAAGCCCAGAGUUGUCAAAGGAAAACCAGAGGCUCAUUUUUCCCUUGUGCACUACGCUGGAACUGUUGAUUAUAAUAUCAACAACUGGUUGGUGAAGAACAAGGAUCCUCUGAAUGAGACUGUUGUUGGUCUUUUCCAGAAGUCUAACCUUAAGCUUUUAUCCUUGCUUUUUGCCGGAUAUGCAGGAGCUGAUUCAGCUCAGGAAUCUGGUGGGAAGGGCAAAGGUGGAAGCAAGAAGAAAGGUUCUUCCUUCCAAACUGUAUCAGCUUUGCACAGGGUAAGAGAUGGUGGAAAGAAUAUUCAUGAGCUUGAGAAGAUUCGAAAGCAGUUGGAACAAGAGAAGUCUGAGAUACAGACAGCUCUGGAGGAAGCAGAGGCCACACUGGAGCAUGAGGAAGGGAAGAUUCUCAGAGCCCAACUUGAGUUUAACCAAGUAAAGGCUGACAUUGAGCGCAAGCUAGCUGAGAAAGAUGAAGAAAUGGAGCAAUCGAAAAGAAACCACCAGAGAACUGUGGAUACUCUUCAAAGCUCUCUGGAGGCUGAGACACGCAGCAGGAACGAGGCUCUGCGUCUGAAAAAGAAGAUGGAGGGAGACCUCAAUGAGAUGGAGAUCCAGCUAAGCCAGGCUAACAGGCAGGCAGCUGAGGCCCAGAAACAACUUAAGGCCGUCCAUGCCCAUCUGAAGGAUACUCAACUUCAGCUGGACGACUCUGUUCGGGCCAAUGAUGACCUUAAAGAGAACAUUGCCAUUGUUGAGCGACGCAACAACCUUCUUCAGGCUGAAGUGGAGGAGCUGAGAGCAGCUCUGGAUCAAACGGAGAGAAGCCGCAAACUUGCAGAGCAAGAGCUGCUGGAUGUCAGUGAGAGAGUGCAGCUACUGCACUCACAGAACACAAGUUUGAUAAAUCAGAAGAAGAAGUUAGAAGCUGAUACAUCCCAGCUUCAAACUGAAGUGGAGGAGGCAGUGCAGGAGUGCAGGAAUGCAGAGGAGAAGGCCAAGAAGGCCAUCACUGAUGCUGCCAUGAUGGCAGAGGAGCUGAAGAAAGAGCAGGACACCAGCGCUCAUCUGGAGCGAAUGAAGAAGAACAUGGAGCAAACCAUCAAAGACCUGCAGCACCGCCUGGAUGAAGCUGAGCAGAUCGCCAUGAAGGGAGGCAAGAAGCAGAUUCAGAAGCUCGAGGCCAGGGUCAAGGAACUUGAAAAUGAGGUGGAAAAUGAGCAGAAAAAGGCCAGCGAUGCUGUGAAGGGAAUAAGAAAGUAUGAAAGGCGUAUCAAGGAGCUUACUUAUCAGACCGAAGAAGAUCGCAAAAAUCUAGCACGUCUUCAAGAUUUGGUGGACAAGCUGCAGCUAAAGGUCAAGUCCUACAAGAAGGCUGCAGAGGAAGCUGAGGAACAGGCCAACAGUAAUCUUACCAAGUUCCGCAAACUUCAACAUGAGCUCGAUGAAGCUGAGGAGCGAGCUGACAUUGCCGAGUCUCAGGUCAACAAGCUACGCGCCAAAAGCCGUGAUGUGGGAUCAAAGAAAGGACUUGAUGAAGAAUGAAGUUCACCUUGAAAUGAUCAUUUCUGAGACACCUCUUGGUCCUGCAACGAAGUCUCCCUAUGCAUGUGUUUUUGUUUAGUAGAAUAAAGUUAAUGAGCAUCUCAAA